AUGACUGUCGUGUCGGUUGAUACCAAGAGUGGAUAUAUUGAGACUGAUAAUGAUCGUCUCAUUAUGGUCAUUUUGCUCAUUUUUCUUCCGCCCCUCGCUGUCUUCUUCAAAUCUCGUGGAUGUACCAGUGCCGUCUGCCUCAAUAUCGUCCUCUACAUCUUCCUUAUCCUUCCAGCAUACUGUCAUGCCACGUGGUUCUGUUUCAUCAAGGGAAGAGAACAUGAAGUGAGAGCAGAACUCUCACCGGCUCGUCGUAUUUAG